AGUCCUGGCUCCCAGACCCCCCACCCAAUUAAGCCCUGCACCCCACUUCCUCCAAGCAGGGAUUGCUCUUGACUCUCCAUGGAGCCCCCACCGCCCCCUCCCUGGGCCCAGCCAGCCCCAGUGUGCAUCAGGCUGGGGUGCGCGGGGUUAAUGCUCCCUGCUCCAGCACCUUCCGCCAGGCUCACCCUGCUAUUACAGCUGCCCCGUCAUCGGUGCGGGGGGGAGACGUGGCCCAGGCCUGGCCCCGGCUCCCCUGCACACGUGUUCCCAGCCGGUGCGGGCAGAGCCGCCCUGAGCCCCCACGUAGGGCACUGCCAUGGGGCCCGGGGCCACAGCACUGGGGGCCCUGCUGCUGCUGCUGGGCCAGGACCCCUGGGUCCUCCCCCACCCCCAGUGCCUGGACUACAAGCCGCCCUUCCAGCCCCCCCAGCCCCUGGCCUUCUGCCCCGAGUAUUCGGCCUUCGGCUGCUGCAACGGCCGGCGGGACGCCCAGCUGAGUGCCAGGUUCCAGGUGCUGGGCACCUUCCUGGACCCUGCCGGCCUGCAGAGCUGCGGGCACUUCCUGCGUGACUUGCUGUGCCAGGUGAGUGGGGGGGCCACAGGCCAGGCAGCCCGGCUGGGUGCUGGCGUGGGGGGGCAUAGGCAGUUGCAGGAAGGCUGUAGGGCUGGUGGCAUAGCAGGACAGUGGGAUGGGGGGGUCAAGGGAACUCAGCCCCUCUCCCGUUUCACCCCCAUGUACAGGUGA